AGGUGCUGGAGGCUCUGCAAGCACUUGCCGGGAGGGGGUGGGGGAGCGGGAAGCGUGUCAGGCAGCACUGCAGCCGCAGCCGCCUCCUGCGCUCAGCCCCGCUGCUGCAACUUGGGGGUUUCGGCGCAGCUCAGCUGCCGGCCGGCUCGGGGGCAGGAGGCAGCCUCCGCCGCAGCACCAGCUGCCUGCAGCUUCCCUUCUGCUUCCUUUUCUUUUUUUUCCUUUAUUUUUUUCCCUCCUGCCUGAAAUCCCCGUGAAAGCCACCGCAGGGUUCACGCGCAAAAGGGCAAGCGCGUCUCCAUGGGAUGAUGCCUGCUCCCGGCCAGCGCGCUCCGAGUGGGAACGCCGCCGGGAAUGAAGUGCACGCUUUACGUUUGCUGCAUCUGCCGGAGAGCCGGGGUCCGCUUGCCGCCUCCCCUUCGACCAGCUGCUCGCGUUAAUCAGCGCCUUUCCAACUUUUGCUUUGCAAUGCCCGAUGGCCGGUCGAGCUGAGAGAGCUAGCACUGGAUUUUUAGGACCAGCUAAAAAAACCCCGUAGCCUUCGCUCUUCAAUCGCCACACAGGACUGGAGAGUCUCGCUUUCCAAAGAGUCAUGUAAAGACAUUUGGUUUUUAGGGAUUGCAACGGUUUUGAGUCCUCGCAAACCGGAGUGCACAGGACGGCGGUGUUUUUCCCGCUGUGGAGCGGAGGAGCAGCGUGCGCGGUGCAGCCCGGCUCGGCUGCGGGAGCGGGCUGGAAGGGAGGGCUGCGAAGUGACUCCAGCGCAGCCAGGGAGAGCGAAGGAGCUGCUGUUGCAGAUAGUCGAAUGCUUUGGUAGAUAAAAGCAGACAUGCUUUGUGGACUGAAAAAGGAUUUGCAGUCAGACUUUGAUGAUGGCCCUUACUCGAAGGGGAGCAAGGACUCCAGUGGGAUGGACGCGGCCCUGGUGUCCAGAAGGCAAAGCAUCCCAGAGGAGUUCAGAGGGGUCACCAUCGUAGAGCUGAUUAAAAAGGAAGGAAGCACCCUCGGAUUAACUAUUUCGGGUGGCACAGACAAAGAUGGAAAGCCCAGAGUCUCCAACCUGAGGCCAGGAGGACUGGCAGCAAGAAGUGACCAGCUGAACGUUGGGGAUUACAUCAAGUCAGUGAAUGGCAUUAACCUAACCAAGCUGCGGCACGACGAGAUCAUAAGCCUGCUGAAAAACGUGGGCGAAAGGGUAGUACUAGAAGUAGAGUAUGAACUUCCGCCAGCCGUGCCGGAGAGCAGCGCUGGCAUUAUUCCCAAGACCAUCGAAGUGUCCCUGUACAAGGAAGGCAACAGCUUUGGCUUUGUGCUGCGAGGGGGAGCCCACGAAGACUGGCACAAGUCCCGACCGCUGGUUCUCACCUACGUGAGGCCGGGUGGCCCAGCAGACAGGGAAGGGUCCUUGAAAAUCGGGGACAGGCUGCUGAGCGUUGAUGGGAUUCCUCUGCACAGCGUGACUCACGCCGAUGCCCUCAACAUCCUGCGUCAGUGCAGCCAGGAGGCCCUUUUCCAGAUUGAGUACGAUGUGACCAUCAUGGAUACUGUAGCAAAUGCUUCAGGUCCUUUACUAGUGGAGAUAGCCAAGACCCCAGGCUCGACGCUGGGAAUCACGCUGACGACGACCACGCACCGGAGUAAGCAGGUCAUUGUCAUUGACAAGAUCAAACCGGCCAGCGUGGUGGACAGAUGUGGCGCGUUGCAUGUUGGUGACCAUAUUCUCUCUAUUGAUGGCACGAGCACAGAGCACUGCUCCUUAUUAGAGGCAACUCAGCUUUUAGCUGCCACUUCAGAAAAUGUCAAGCUGGAGAUACUACCUGUUCACCAAAGCAGGCUGCCUUUGAAGCCUCCAGAAACAGUCAAAGUGCAGAAGAGUGACCAUCACCAUUGCUGGGACCCCUGCGUCAACUACUGUCACACCCACCACCCCGGCCACUGCAAGACGCCCACUUGGAACCAGACGUCCAGCCAGGAUUACUGCAAAUCUCUGGUUGCUGCCAACUUCUCGUCUCCCACCAUGAAUGCGCAAGGCUUCCCCUGCCAGAACUCAAAUACGCUACCUCGCAGCUCCCAUCCCAUGAGCCCCCGCACCACCAUGAUGAGGAGGAGACAGAAGAAGAAGGAGCACAAGAGUUCAUUGUCGCUGGCCUCUAGCACGGUGGGUCCUGGCGGGCAGAUUGUCCACACGGAAACGACAGAGGUGGUUCUCAGGGGAGACCCUUUGAAUGGCUUUGGACUUCAGCUCCAGGGAGGCAUCUUUGCUACCGAAACCCUGUCUUCCCCACCUCUCGUCCGUUUUAUUGAGCCUGACAGCCCGGCAGAGAGAUGUGGGCUGCUACAAGUAGGAGACAGAGUCCUUUCUAUCAAUGGCAUCGCAACCGAAGACGGGACCAUGGAGGAAGCCAACCAGCUUUUGCGUGAUGCUGCACUCACUAACAAAGUGGUGCUUGAAAUUGAAUUUGAUGUUGCAGAGUCUGUCAUACCCAGCAGCGGUACUUUCCAUGUUAAAUUGCCCAAGAAAAGAGGUGUGGAGCUUGGAAUUACCAUCAGCUCAGCAAGCAGAAAGCCGGGGGAGCCUUUGAUUAUCUCUGACAUCAAGAAGGGGAGCGUUGCUCAUAGAACUGGCACCUUGGAGCCGGGAGACAAGCUGUUAGCCAUUGAUAACAUCCGACUCGACAAUUGCUCCAUGGAGGAUGCUGUGCAGAUUUUAAGGCAGUGUGAAGACCUGGUCAAAUUGAAGAUUAGGAAGGAUGAAGAUAACUCUGAUGAGCAGGAGACAACCGGUGCCAUUAUCUACACAGUGGAGCUGAAGCGGUAUGGUGGUCCCUUAGGAAUAACCAUCUCUGGGACAGAGGAACCUUUCGAUCCUAUCGUCAUUUCGGGGUUGACUAAGCGUGGGCUGGCAGAAAGAACUGGAGCCAUCCAUGUCGGUGACCGGAUAUUAGCUAUUAAUAACGUGAGCCUCAAGGGCAAGCCACUGAGUGAAGCCAUUCACCUACUCCAAAUGGCUGGAGAGACGGUAACGCUGAAGAUCAAGAAACAGACUGAAAAACCCUAUCCCAAGAAAUCCGGGAGUAUAAAUGAAGUGAGUGACCCAGAAGAUGAACUGACAGACUCCCAGAAAACUAGCAAGCUGUCUGAGAUUUACUCUACCACAAUUCCUAGCGUGGACAGUGCUAUGGAGUCCUGGGAUGGCUCAGGCAUUGAUGCCAGCUAUGGAAGCCAAGGUACAUACAUACCUCAGGCUGCUGGCAUAGCCCUUCAUCCUCACGAAUGGAGACAUAGCAGGCAGAAGAACAGCACCCCUCCGGGGGAUCCCAGGAAAAAUUACCCCUACAUGGAUGGCAGUUUCAGCGAAGAUGACUGGGACAAGCCCACCAGAUACCCCAAUCGCCAAAAUGGCCUUGAGACCACUCACGAGGAUAGUUUUUGGCGUGUUUUUGGAGAAGCUUUGGAGGAUUUGGAAACAUGCGGCCAGUCUGAACUUUUGAGGGAGAUUGAGGCAUCCAUCAUGACGGGGAGUGUGCACAACCUGGGCCUGGAGGGCAGCAAGCUGCUCAUGGACUCUGUCAGCCAGUCGGGACUGAGCCCACUGAGGAAAGCAAACUCCAGCUGUGACGAAGGCCAGAAUGAGGGCAGCGGCUCCCCUGCCAAGAAGAAUGAGAGGAAUCUGGACAUGAAGAAGAUCGAGAAGGAGAUGCAGGAAAUCAUGGCCCCUACCCCCCUCGAGUUUCACAAGAUGACGCUCCACAAAGACCCAGAGAGUGAAGACUUUGGAUUCAGUGUGUCAGAUGGCCUGUUAGAAAAAGGUGUCUAUGUAAAUAUGGUCCGUCCGGAUGGACCAGCAGAUCAGUGUGGCCUCAAGCCAUAUGACAGAGUCCUUCAGGUAAAUCGCGUCCGCACCAGAGACUUUGACUGCUGCCUGGCCGUCCCGCUGAUUUCUGAGGCUGGAGAUAAGCUGGACCUGGUGAUUAGCCGCAACCCCGUGGCGCUGGCUGCCAGCGCUCCCCGGGAGGGGACCGGAGAGCUGCCGGUGCCCCCGGCCGCCGGCGCCGAGGCCAAACCCAGCGUGCAGACCCUGUGAGGAGCGAGGAGCGAGCGGACGGUGCCCUGCCGUGGCCGAGGGGCUCCUGCCCAGCCGUUGUGGUAUUUGGGGUGUUUUUCCUGUUUUGCACUGGCAUUUGUAAACGCUGUGUGUACCCUAUCCUGCUGGGGGGGGGGGGUCUUUGCUGAGGCCAUAGACCACCACAUGCCGCUUUGAAGGUCCAAGCGGAGCUGGAUGAACGUCCUGGGCUGUGGUUAAUGCCGAUGGUGGAGCGAGCCGCCAGCCGCGGAGGAGAGCACCACGGCCACCCCCAGCGCAGGGUGUCCUCCGGCCCGGGCGCGCAGGGGGCCUGGGGCCAGCUCCUGGCCUCGGACAACCCCCGCCCCCCCCCCCCCGCCGUGACGGUCCGGGCCAUCCUGUAAACACACAUGGUGCUAUUAUUUUUCUCCUUUGCUUGGUUAAUCCCAUACAACAAGAUUGAAAGGACUUUCCGUUGCUGCUGCUGCACCCAGCUCGGCCCCAGGGCAUCCCCUUAAAGCGCUCCUGAUAAACUGGUUUCCACAGCCCCGACUGUGGAGAGCCCCAUGGGAAGGGCCCCUCGCCGCUGCCUGGCACCGUUCUUUGUCCAAAGCGAACGAUUGCAGCUGCUGCCCCUCAGCCCCGUCCCCGCCGCGGCUGACUUGCACCACCGCGCACCGCCCUCGUCCGCCGUCGAUGCCCGUGAGCAGUGCCGUGGGUCCGUGCUGGCGCGUUUCUUACCGAGCGGGGAACUGUGUGCAGGGCUGAAGGCCCCGAGCACCUGCCUGCGGCCCCGGCCACUGUGCUCCUUUGGGCCUUGCUGCUUGCGAAUUUGGAGCCUGUCUGCAAGCGAAUAGCGGGAUAGCGUUGUUACACUGCCUGCGGGCGGCUUUCCCCGGUGCUUCGGAUCAAUAAAACCGCGUUGUCUCCCGCCAGGCUGCGGCACCAGCAGCCCUUCAUUAGCUGGGGGCUGUGUCUCCCGCGGGCCCUGGAUGGGGACCCUGGGCGGAAGCGCAUGGUCCUGCACAGCUGCCAGGGCUCGGCACUUGCCCCCACCGGCCCUCCUUGGCCUGCUGGCAGCCGCUCCGGGGCUGUGAGCCUGGUGCCUUCCCGCGCCUGCCCUGGCCGCCGAGCCCCUGCCCUUGCGCUGACAACAUGGGUGCAGGAUGUGGUCAGUCCCGUGCCCUGCCUGCGCGACCCAGCCGAAAUGCAGCCCUGGCCGCGCUCUUCUUGCUCGUCUCCCUCUGGGCGAAGUCCCCGUGAGGUCCUCCCUGUGGCUGGCACGGCCGCCCGCUCUGUGUUUUACGUAUUAGCACUUUAUUCUGAUUUUAAUGCCCUUGCAGGCCUCGCACGGGCCUGGCCGUGGCGUCCUGGCAAGGCUUGGGCACGGGGGACCCCGAGCGCUCUGGUUCCUCGCCGACCGUCCCGGCUCGUCGGUCGUCUCCGCGCUGGUGGUGCGUUUAGGCUGUGUCGGUGCCGCGGCUGAGCCAGGACCGACCCCCCCUCCCUGGCUGUCCCUGAGCCUGUCUGCAGCUCUGUCCCUCCUCAGUAGCUUAAAGUAUCGGGGUGUUUCCUUGAGGCGCGUGUCCAGCCCCCAUCCAGCUAUGUGUCGUCGUAGCCAUUUUCUCUUCGAGUAUGCAAUAUCCCAUACCAUUGCUGCCACUACUAGAUAACGUGCCAUAAUUGAUACUGUGGAGCAUUGACAGUGCGGCCGAAAGUGUUUUUAUAUGCAAUAUUCUGAGCAGCGGAAGCUCACAGGGGCUUCGCAUAGGUUUUUAAUGAAGACUUUUAAUAAAGGCUUUAAAAAAAAAAAAAAGGAAGAAAAACUUGGUCCUUGUAUCCCUUCCUAUGCAUUUUGAAUGAUAUUAAGAUGAAAUGCAUUACUUAAAUGUGUAUUUUUAUCCAUAUAUUAGAGUGUAUUCCUUGUAAAGUAUUUUUAUAUGCUAAUUUUCUUAUGUAUCUAUGAAAGCACAAUAUUUAAAAGUACAGCAUUUCAAAGAAUAUUUUAGUCCUGUUUUGGACCUCUUUGUAAAUCUCUGUAUUUAAAUGGGAUUGCAAUGACUUUGCCUUUUUUUUUUUUUUAAAUUAAAUAAAAGCAAAUGAAAUGCC